AUGACGAAACCAUCACCCUUUCUCCAGCCUGGUCCCAGGACUUCAGCCAAUUCCAUCGCCAUUGUCCAGCUCUCUCGCGACAACCUCGUUCCUCUCAUCCUCCAGGACUCGACCGGCGCCGUCGACGGUUAUGCCGAAGGAGCUGUGCUCAACACACGAUUCGGAUCGUUCCCCCACUCUACCCUAAUCAACGUACCAUGGGGAUCGCAAAUUCGCGCCUCAAUUGUCGACACUGGCUCUAGAGGCCGCAAGCGCAAGAGGAAAGAAGAGGAAACGGACGCAUCGACACCGGCAGCUGGAGAUGAGGCCGAGACGGAGUCCAGCGCGCCCGCUAAGAAAGCGGCCACCGCCGCGAGCGGCUUCGUGCACAUCCUACAGCCUACCGCCGAGCUCUGGACUGCGGGCCUGCCGCACCGGACCCAGGUUGUUUACACUCCCGACUACAGCUACGUCCUUCAGCGCAUACGAGCGCGACCCGGGACCCGACUGAUCGAGGCCGGCGCCGGCAGUGGUAGUUUCACUCACGCGUCAGCGCGUGCGGUUUACAACGGAUACCCCGAGGAUGACGCCCAGCGAAAAGGCAAGGUCUUUAGCUUCGAGUUCAAUGAGGAUCGAUAUGUUAAGAUGCAGGAAGAGAUCACAGCGCAUGGAUUGGAGGGAAUCGUCAAACUCUCGCAUCGAGACGUCUACAAUGGUGGAUUUCUGGUUGACGGCAAAAGCCCCGAGGCGGAGUCGGUGUUCCUCGAUUUGCCCGCACCCUGGGAGGCCCUCCCACACCUCUCACGACGAAAGCCGGCGACAAAGGACACCGAAGGCGAUACACAGGAAUGGGUCUCUCCGUUAAAUCCCAAAAAGUCGGUCUACAUCUGCACUUUCUCUCCCUGCAUUGAGCAGGUCCAAAGGACGAUCAAUACAAUGAGACAACUGGGAUGGGUGGACAUUGACAUGAUUGAGAUUUCCCACAAGAAGUUCAACGUCAUCCGGGAUCGCGCUGGUUACAGCCAGCCUGAGCGUGGCAUCGCGGCGAGCGCACGCGACGUGACCGAGGCAGUCGGUAAGCUCCGCGAGAUCGAGAGAAGAACAAGAGAGUACCACAACCCAGCAGACCCCAACUCGGCAGACGACUCGCCGGCUGCGGGUAACGCCAUGGACGUGGACCAGGCGGGAGGAGAAGCGACAAACGGCGAUCAGGACGAAGGGCCCUUUGCAGGCAAGCCGUGGUUGCAAGGUCGCAUCAUCCACCGCGCAGAGCCAGAACUGAAGACACAUACGUCCUACCUCGUGUUCGCCGUGCUGCCGCGCGAGUGGAGCGAGGAGGACGAGGCCGCUGUGCUGGCGAAGUGGCCGUGUGGCUCAGAGACUGGAGUGAUUGGGGCCAAGGACAAGGCGACGCGCAAGCAGGAGAAGCGCGAGCUACUUCAGGGGAAUGGAAAGAGAAAGAAGGGCAAGUCUGGAAAGGCCCAGGCUGCAUAG